AUGAACAAGCCAAGCUCUGGGUCGACAGCGUCUCUGCCCCCGGAACCCGGGGAUAUUGUCCAGAGUAUGGCUUGCUACCGCCGGGUGAAGCUCAACGUCGGAGGUCUUCCGCAUGAGGUCUUGUGGAGAACCCUUGACCGGCUGCCUCGAACGCGGCUGGGCAAACUGCGGGACUGCAAAACACAUGAUUCGCUAAUGGAGGUAUGCGACGACUACAACCUGGACGACAACGAAUACUUCUUCGACCGGCACCCUGGUGCGUUCACGUCCAUCCUGAAUUUCUAUCGCACCGGCAAGCUGCACAUGAUGGAGGAGAUGUGCGCGCUGUCCUUCAGCCAGGAGUUGGACUACUGGGGCGUCGAUGAGAUUUACUUGGAGUCCUGCUGCCAAGCCCGCUACCACCAAAAGAAAGAACAGAUGAACGAGGAGCUCAAACGCGAGGCCGACACAUUGAAAGACCGGGAGGGCGAGGAGUUUGACAACACGUGCUGCGCCGAAAAGCGCAAGAAACUUUGGGAUCUUCUCGAGAAGCCAGGUUCUUCAGUAGCAGCCAAAAUCUUGGCCAUCAUCUCCAUCCUGUUCAUCGUGCUGUCCACCAUCGCCCUGUCCCUGAACACCCUCCCCGAGCUGCAGGAAAUGGACGAGUUCGGCCAGGCCACCGACAACCCGCAGCUGGCGCACAUCGAGGCCGUGUGCAUCGCCUGGUUCACCAUGGAGUACCUGCUGCGCUUCCUCUCCUCGCCCAGCAAGUGGAAGUUCUUCAAGGGCCCGCUGAACGUCAUCGACCUGCUGGCCAUCCUGCCCUACUACGUCACCAUCUUCCUGACCGAGUCCAACAAGAGCGUGCUGCAGUUCCAGAACGUGCGCCGGGUGGUCCAGAUCUUCCGCAUCAUGAGGAUCCUGCGCAUCCUCAAGCUGGCGCGCCACUCCACGGGCCUGCAGUCGCUGGGCUUCACGCUGCGGCGCAGCUACAACGAGCUGGGCCUGCUCAUCCUCUUCCUGGCCAUGGGCAUCAUGAUCUUCUCCAGCCUGGUGUUCUUCGCCGAGAAGGACGAGGACGACACCAAGUUCAAGAGCAUCCCGGCCUCCUUCUGGUGGGCCACCAUCACCAUGACCACGGUGGGCUACGGCGACAUCUACCCCAAGACGCUGCUGGGCAAGAUCGUGGGCGGGCUCUGCUGCAUCGCCGGCGUCCUGGUGAUCGCGCUGCCCAUCCCGAUCAUCGUCAACAACUUCUCCGAGUUCUACAAGGAGCAGAAGCGCCAGGAGAAGGCCAUCAAGCGACGCGAGGCCCUGGAGCGGGCCAAGCGCAACGGCAGCAUCGUGUCCAUGAACGUGCGCGAGGCCCUGUCCCGCGGCACCGAGCUGCUGGACGUGGUGGUGAUGGAGAGAGGAGGCGGAGGAGGAGGGGGAGACAAGCCCCACGACAACCACCUCUCGCCCAGCCGCUGGAAGUGGUCCGUGAAGCAGCACGCGCUGGACGAGCGCUCCAACCACUCCUACAACAUGGAGCACGGCUCGCCCAGCAAGGCCCGCGGAGACGCCGUCCCGCCCCAGCACCUGAGCGCCCAGAAGCUGGAGGAGAUCUACAACCAGAUGGCCAAGACCCAGUCGCAGCCCAACCUCAACAACGCCAACGGCACGCGAGCCGCCGCCGCCGCCGCCGCUGCCGCCCGGCGCGAGGAGCUGGAGCUGGGGGCUCUGCCGGGCCCGGAGGUGCACAACGCCCUGGGGGGCCGCGACGGCGUGUCCGACAUGAAGAGCCUGUCCAGCAUCGACAGCUACAUCAGCUGCGCCGCGGACUUCCAGGAGAACCCGCGCGGCUUCCCCUACAGUCCGGCCGGCGGCCUGGUGCUGCAGGAGGGACAGCGCUACUCGCACAGUCCGGCCGGCAAGCGUCCGCCCGGCCUGCAGACCCCUCUGGAGCACCAGGAGGCCCUGCUCACCCCGCCGUGCUCCGCCGUCAAGCCCCCGGGGCAGCACAGGCCCGCAGGGAACCCUCUCAAGGCGGGCCACGCCUACAGGAUGCGGUACCACAGCGGGGCCGGAGGAGGUGGAGGUGGAGGUGGAGGCGGUGGAGGAGGGGAGUCCAGUCCGGCCAGCGGCGGCGGUCCGCAGUCGGACAGCUCGGUCCUCUCCGACCGCUCGCUCCUGAGCCCCGAGGCGUCCGUCUACACGACGGCCAGCAGCCGCACGCCGCCCAAGAGCCCGGAGGGUUCCGCUGCCGCCCCGGCCGUCUUCACCUUCCACGACGCCUCCAUCAACCGGUACAUCGACGCCGACACCGACGACGAGGAGCACCGGCCGCUCGACAGGCUGCUGGGCGGGGCCGGCGCCAAGGCGGGUUACGCCGCCGUCGCCACGGCAACCAACCACCUGGAGGCGGCCCAGAGGCUGCUGGGACAGAACUGCUUGCUGCGCCCGGAAGGCGCUCGUCCGGGCAGCGGUCAGGAGAACCACCUGGGCUCUGACCAGCUCCGGAGGCCCCGGGCGGACAGAUCGGGCCGCUCUCAGACCUACAAUGACAACCACUGA